AUGGCCCCUCGAUACUUUAGUAUUGCCGUGAUUGGCGCGGGGCCAUCCGGAAUUUCAGCCGUCAAGGCACUCAGCGACGAGAAGGCGUUCGAGAGGAUACAAGUGUUUGACCGAAGAGAUCGCAUUGGCGGUACAUGGAUCUAUGACGAGGAGCCAGAGCCCUUCUCGACUUUCUCAAGCCAACCAGUCAGGGAAAUACCAAAGAAGCUCCCACAGUCACUGCCACCCGCUUCGGAGAAUGUCACUGCUCGGACUGGCCUCUAUCCUUCUUUAGACAGCAAUGUCGGCUCUCAAGUCAUGGCCUUCACUUAUAAGCCGUUUCCGCCUGUCAACUCUGCGACUUCCAUCACCCGCUUCGGCAAGGAUAACCCGACACAUCCCUACGCAAAGGUCGCAGGAUACCUCGAAGAAAUUGCCGAGCCCUUCUCGCAUCUGUUUACCUUCAACACCCACGUUGAGCGUGUUGAAAAGGUUGGGCAAAAAUGGCAACUGACGCUGAGAAGGACUCAGCAUUACCUCCGGCAUGAGAAGAGAGACUACUGGUGGCAAGACACAUUCGACGCGGUAGUCGUCGCCGCAGGACACUAUGGGGUGCCUUAUGUGCCCAACAUUGCGGGGUUGAAGGACACGUUUGCUGCCUUGCCGCAGCGAUUUGAGCAUUCCAAAGCAUACCGAUCCCCCGAGGAUUACGUGAACAAGAUCACCAAGGUAUCAGUGGGCUCCGAUAAUCUUAUCAAAGUGAGCUUUGCAGACGGUACCGAGGCCAACGGCAUCGAGAAGGUCCACUUCGGCACAGGCUACAGACUGUCUUACCCGUUCCUGCGUCCGGACCCCGUAACACCCAGCGGUCGUCUCUCCGGGUUUUACCAGCACGUCUUUAACAUUGCGGACCCCUCGCUCACAGUCGUUGGACAAGUCAAGGCGGCCAUCUCGUUCCGGGUUUAUGAAUAUCAAGCGGUUGCAGUGGCGCGCUACUUCGCCAAUCGAGGCGGGGAGCUUCCUUCGCCUCGUGAACAAGACGAAUGGGAGGUAAAGCGGUUGCAGUACAAGGGGCCUACGUCUCAAUUCCACGAGAUCAAGCCGGAUUUCAAGGAGUACUUUGACUUCUUGCGAAGUGUUGCUGGAAAGCCAGCGCCGGGUACUGAUGCUUAUGAAUUGCCCGCGUGGGAAGACGAGUGGGCCUUGCUCGGUUUCGGUGUGUUGGCGCUGAAGCAGAAGUGGUGGAAGGAAUUGAAAGAAAAAGAACAGAAGGCGAUCCAGGCCAAACUGUGA